CGGUCCAGACCGUCCCGGAGCAAGAUGGCGUCGGGCGGUGGGUCUUGCUGAGAGCGAGCGGCUUCAACGAAAAAAGGAACAGCUGCGCUUCGGGCUAUUUGUGCUAAUAAUGCGAGUGUGAGAUGUUUUCCGCUCCGACAGUGUUGAUGACAAGACCUGCUCUCUCUAUGCGGACGAGGAGUGAGGAGUUGUGCAGCUGCAGUUAUCACAUACAUAAACAUUUCUUUAGGACUCCCAGUUCCUGAGUGUUUAUCAAACACAAGCUCGGGCUCCGGCUCCGGCUCCGGCUCUGGAGGAAAUGGCAGACUCGCAGCAUCGGCCCUGUGCCGCCAGCAAACCGCCGCACUCCCAGCCACUGACUCUCUCACGGCUCCGAGAAGAGCACGGAAAGGUGGUUUCAAGCUGCAAGGAAAAAAUCCAGCACUGGGUUAAAGUGCAAAACGACUAUGAAGCCCUGCAAGGCAGGCUUAAAAAUUUGCCUGAUAAGGUGUCAUAUGAUGUUAUGGUGCCAUUUGGCCCUCUUGCAUUUAUGCCAGGACAGCUAAUCCAUACAAAUGAAGUCACGGUUUUAUUAGGUGACAAUUGGUUUGCUAAGUGCUCUGCAAAGCAAGCACUUGGCCUGGUGGAGCACAGGAAAAAACAUGUACAAAAAGCAUUGGAUGAUCUUCAUAAAGUUAUGAAGAACUUUGAAUCCAGGGUCGAGUUCACUGAAAUGGCGAAAUUGGCAAAUGAAGGUUUUGUAGAAAUACGUGAGGAAAUUCAGAAUGAAGAGAGAGAAACUCAAGAUUUAAAUUCUGGAGGUAAACAGAGAAGAGCACAUAAACCAAAAGAAAACCCCAAACCAAAAGAGGUUUUUGUGUCAGAGUUGGAGGGUGGUGAUGGUGGUGGUGACUGCAAAUCAAGCUUCUUAACUGAGGAGGAGUUGUGGGCCAGGCUUGAUGAGCUGGAACAGCAGGAAGAGAUGCAGGAUGAAAUUUAUAGAAUGUCUGACUCCGCUGAUGGAAAUACUGAAGAAAGUAGUUCCUCUGAAGAAGAGAGAGACAAAAACAUAAAGCUCAACAUUGGUGAGAAGCCUGAUUGGAAGAAUGUUCAUGAAAAUGAUGAUUCUGAAGAAGCGUCAGAAUUGAGUCCAACUAUUACCCAUAUUAAUGGUCUGGACCAUAAGCACAGUCAAGAUGAUGCUGCUGAGGAAGUUACCAGAGAUGAUGAUGAGGAAGUUACCAGAGAUGAUGAUGAGGAAGUUACCAGAGAUGAUGAUGAGGAAGUUACCAGAGAUGAUGAUGAGGAAGUUACCAGAGAUGAUGACAAUGUCCCAACCAUACACUUCCUACAUACAGUGGAACCAAAGAGAGUAAGAAUAAACACUGGCAAGAACACAACCUUGAAAUUCAGUGAAAAGAAGGAAGAGGCCAAGCGAAAAAGGAAAAAUAGCACUGGCAAUGGGAACACCACUCCAGAGCUGCCAAAUAUCAGAACUCCUGCAGAUAUUUACAGACUUUUUGUUGAUGUUGUAAACGGAGAAUACGUUCCUCGCAAAUCCAUUUUGAAGUCACGUAGUCGAGAGAACAGUGUAUGCAGUGAUACAAGUGAGAGUAGCACGACAGAAUUUGAAGACAGACGGUGUACCUUACGAUCUCUAAGUCAUGAAGAAGCAGUAUACAGUGAUGCUAGUGAAUGCAGCAUUUUGGAGGAAGAAAACAUUUCUAGUAAACCUCUCCCUUGGCCAAGCUCCUUUGAGGCAUUUUCAGGCACUGUGGUGGAAAAAGAACCUAUCUCACCUACGUUAAUGCCAUAUCCUACUAUUGCUCAUCCUGUUUUACCUACAAUUCCUGAAAAGAAAGUCUCUGAGGAAGAAAGUUUUCUUGAAGCUUCACAAGAACUUCCAAAAAAAGUUUCAAAAUUUAAAGCUGCCAGGAUGCAGCAGAAGAAGUGAAUGCUUUUCAAUACUGUUGGUUUCGUACUUUGUGAAUGAAACAGGAUCUUUGCACAAUCCAGGUUUACACAAAGUCCUGUUUGAUUUCUUGUUUAAAACAUCUUUUAAGACUUGAUUUUUUUUUGUACAUUAAGUUAAAUGUUUCUGCAAAAGAAAUCUGAUUUUAUAAAAUUUCACAAUGCAACAUUUUCUAGCCUUUUUUUAAUUUGCCCAUAAAACAAGUUACACCCAUGUUUCUUUAUGAAUUUAGUCUUCUUACACUUAACUGUGUUUAUUUUGACAUACAGAAUAAAUUAAAACAACUACUACAACUGUCUUAAGCAAAUGUUGUGUACAAUCUUAAGUCUUUGUAAAAGUGUUCAUUGGAAAUCAAUUUUUCAUCAUUUGUAGAAUUGUGUUAUGCGUUAGUCUCAUUUUAAUAAACUUUUGCAUGGCAAAGUAUAUCUUUGUACAUUGAAAAAAAAUCCAUGUGGGUGUUAAUGCAUCAAGAUGUAAAAUGGUAGACCAUAUUUAAUUCCUGGAUGUAGUUUAUGAUUUACAAUAUAUAAUUUACCAUUUUAUGUGGGUUAGUCUUUUUAGAGCAGAAGUGACCGUCAUUUACCAACUUUCUGGACACAAAUGCACCCAGAUGUUUACAUCAUAACAAUCAAUAAAUACAAUCAAUAAAUACAGCUGAAAUAUUGUCCAUAGGCACUUCCCCAAGGCCCAGUUUAUGCUGGUGCUCAGUGUAUCUCCUUUCAUAACCACUCGUUGUGAAUGUUGAGAUAUUUGCAUCUCCACUGUUGAAUUUUUAGUUGUCGUGAGUUUGGUUUUGUUUUGGCACGUGGCAAAGUCCCCACUGUUUAAUGAAUGUGGAAGCCACGUUUCAGAUCAUAUCUUUGUCUAUGUUGCAUCUUUCUGCUAUGUAAUAGAUUGAUGAAUGCCCUAAAGCAAUACACUGAUUGGAAUCAUGGCCUUCAACAAAAAACAAUGCAGCACAAAAUGAUUGAUAUCAUUGACUGAAAAUUGUUCUUGGUAAACCUGUUGUAAUCCCAAGGAAAUUCUAUGUCUGCCAUGUAAAAUACUGUACCAUAUCAACUUUGUCUUAUGUUUUUGUGCGGCUUCUUGUAUUACUUUGAAAUUGAUUUUAAUUAGUUUUAUUGUGCCAUAUACAAAUGAAUACAGUGAAAAGUUUGUAAGGCACCACUUAGGCCUUAUUAGGCAGUAUGGUAUCUAGGUAGAAUCCUUAGCUACAGAAUGGAGAAUUGAAGAAAAAAAAAGUUACAUUACAGCUAUACACAGUAUGACCAUAGGUGAGAAAACAAGAGGCAAAGUUUAAAAAGAUGAAUAUCGCAGUCUCUCUCCAAAGGCACUUUCAGAAGACCACUAGUUGCUGCCACCACACUUCGCAUUGGGUCACUGGUAUCCGUGCACCACUGACCGUGUUAGAGGCUGGAGGGGGGUGUCCAAGGCUAAGAGAAGGGAGGGAAGAGAGAGAGGAGAAAAAGAAAGAACAGAUGGAGCAGAGGAACUCCAGGUAGAGCAUUCUACUCUAAUGCCAUCUUACCAGCAAUAUUUCAUUGCUGGCGCGUGUUUAACUCAGUGCUUCAAUAAUACAUGAUUUAGAUUAGAUGCAUUUUCUUUUUAGACUUGUAUUAUUUCAUGCUCACUGGAAUCAAUUGGAAUGCUGCAUUCAGUAGUUGAUACCAUCAAUUGGGAAUUCAACAAUAUACCAAUGAACUUAAAGCAUUUGGAAUAAUGCUAUGAUUGAAGGUUACAUUUACUUUUCAUUGUAAGAGUUUUAUAAGAACUAUAAAACAUUCAUUAUAAAAGAUGUGAAUUACCUUACAAUGGAAGCAUUACAGUGGCUUUUGGGCAGGAAUUUUCCAUUCACACAUUUUAAUUUUGAUAGCCACACAUCGUGUUAAUUAUCUAGGGAAUUUCUAGACUUUUUAGCAGCAAAAUUUCAUUGUGGGGCAAGUAUAUUCAAGUAUUGAAAAAUCACAACUCAAACGUUCAUAUUCAUCACCAAAGUAGUCAUUUGCAAUGCCAAGUUAGACUUUUCCCCUAUAACAGAAAAUGUUAAAAGGCUCUUAUGCAUUUUCAUCAGAAUUUUCUAUGCAUGGAUUUUUAAUGGUUUUGCUUUGUGGCUGGGUGGGCUGUUUAAAUUGAUGAAUUUAUGCUGGACUUAGAAAAAUUGGACAAUAACUAAGGUAUGCUGGGAAACUCAGGCAAGCCUUGACCAAAGUGACUGCUAAUAAACAUGCUGCUGAAUCUCGACUGGCUGCAGCUACAACAGACAGUACACAAUUGACCUAAUAGCUGCAGAUCAUACAAUACGUUUGAAUGGAGUCAAUGGAAUGUCAUCAGAAAGAUGGGGGUUUAUAUUAGACACGGGGGUGCCUCAUACUCUUAUUUGGAGAAGGCUAUGUGUGCCCAGCACCUCCAGUAAUGGAGACCUAAGGAUCACCCUCACGUCAACAUGCCAAUGCCUGUUUGGGUCUGAUCAAUCAGGAUGAUCGGGCCAGAUUGAUCCAUUGGUGAACGGUGAAGACCCUCCCAAAAGAGUGCAAAGACUUUGGAGUAUAGGAAAUGCUGCCAAACCAUGCUUAGUGUGGUAACUGGAGAUCAACUGCUGAGAAGAGAAGGCACGCAUGAGAUCAUUGGAUGAAGACCAGACAACAUCACCAUGUGGAGCCAUAGCCAAGUUCUAGUGUGGUGGCUUAUGAUCAUCCAGAGUUACGUUAAGAACGAGAUAACAUUUGUAAUGUAAGUUCUUACUGUGUUGUAUUUUAUGGUGAUAGUAUUAACUGUGAAAUAAAUAAAUAUUUUUUUCAUUA